GCGCGGCCAGGCCGGGGCCGACCCGGUAAAGCGGCGGCGCGGGCGGCGCGGCCCCGCACCAUGGAGGGGCACCUGGCGCGCUGCAAGAUCGUGGUGGUGGGGGACACGCAGUGCGGCAAGACGGCGCUGCUGCACGUCUUCGCCAAGGACUGCUACCCCGAGAGCUACGUGCCCACCGUCUUCGAGAACUACACGGCCAGCUUCGAGAUCGACAAGCAGCGCACCGAACUCAACAUGUGGGACACCUCAGGCUCAGCGUACUAUGACAACGUCCGUCCCUUGGCCUACCCCGACUCAGAUGCUGUGCUCAUCUGCUUCGACAUCAGCCGCCCAGAGACCCUGGACAGUGUGCUGAAGAAGUGGCAAGGGGAGACUCAGGAGUUCUGCCCCAACGCGAAGAUUGUGCUGGUUGGCUGCAAGCUGGACAUGAGGACAGACCUCAACACGCUCCGGGAGCUUUCCAAGCAGCGCCUCAUCCCUGUGACACAUGAGCAGGGCAGUGCACUGGCACGGCAGAUUGGGGCAGUGGCCUACGCAGAGUGCUCCUCCAAGGUGUCGGAGAACAGCGUGCGGGACGUGUUUCACGUGACCACACUGGCCUCGGUCAACAGGGUGCACAAGAACUUGAAGCGCAGCAACUCCAAACGGGGACUGAAGCGGGUGUCACAGAUGCCUGGCAGGACAGACUUACUGAGUGACACAGAGAUCAGGAAAGACCGAGCCAAGAGCUGCUCCAUCAUGUGAAAAACAGGCUGUAAAUCAUGUGUGUGUGUUGUCCAUUUUGUACAGGAACUGGCUGAGACGAGGUGCUGGCUGUGGGAGCCAGCCUGCCUUUCCAAAGCCUUUUUCUCAGUCUCCAGGGCUGAGAAAAGGUCCCAGCUGCAAAUGGGGGUGCACGAGUUGCCCUGCACUGUGGAGACUUCUGGGUUGGCUGCUGCUGUGCAGAUUGCUUGGGAUGAAGGAAGCACUUGGCAGAGGAGUAUUGAGGUGCUGGAAGGUCUGUGACCGGGCGAAACAAAGGGAAAGGGAGCGAUGCUGUCUGUGUGCCACCUUCCUGUACCCACAGCCUGUAGCCACAACCCAGGCCCUGUGCCUUUGUGCAGCUGUACAGCACACACAGUGUGGGGUGGGGGCUGCGUGGGACCUGGGUUGGAGGGAGGAGGGGGGAUUGUGAGCAGUGGAGUGCGACCCGGAGGAGGUGUUCUUCUGAUCUUUCUUUAGAAGAGAAAAGAUGUUUGAGGUGGUGCUGCCCUCAGCGAGGCUGGACAGCAGGUGCCAUGGAAGGUGCAGGUCUGAGCCAGAGCUGGGAGGGAAGGCACCCUGGGAAGGAACCUUAACCUGAUGAGACACCGUGGUAGUUGACCUCCUGUGAAAAAAGCAGACAGAUGUCUCUUCACAUGGUAUUUUAGAUACCUGAACUCCAUUUGAAAUGCAGCAGAGUGGAUCUGGCUCCAAGGGAGAGGUCUGUCCCAGUAGAUGCAUCCUGAAAAUCAUGGUUCCCUUCAGCAAGCAAAUGCCUCUUGGGAGCUUGUGUGUGAGCUGCUGCCACCUGGUUGCUCCCCAGGCUGCUCCCUGUGAGCAGACUGCAAUAACUACCCAUAUCCUGCUCUCCACCCACUUCCAGCUGCAGAUUGUGUUGCAUGGUGCUGUAUUUGUCUGGUAUAGAUGAGCAAACUGAUUUUAUGUGUAUCUGCACGCUGUCUCUGCUGUGGCAGUGGGAUGGAAGGUGUUUCCUGCCCUCAUGCCUUGCUCUCCAGCCUCCUCCCAGCACCUCCCGUUGCUUCUGCCACUCCCUCCCUAAAUGCCUUUGACAACAGUGUUAGCCUGGGCUUAAUGUCACGUGGACACUUUAAGGAAAAGAAGAAUCUGCUCUGUUGCCAGAUCCAACUGUGUCUGUGGGCUACAGGAAACAAAUAAACAUCAUUGGAAAAUGCA